AUGACGGAGAUGCAGAGUGCUGUACUCCGAUCUCUGGGUGCGCAGCUGGAGAAAUCCUCGGAGUCGCAGUUUGAGAAGCCGGUGACCAGCUUCAGCUACCACACGCUUGGCUCCCUUGAUGAGGAGCUGUCUAUCCUCCCCAUUUCCCGGUCGCAGAUUGGGGCGCACGCCCCACAUUCAGAUGACCUGCCAGGGAUGAUCCGAGAUGAGACGCACCUUCAAUUACCGAAGCCGAACAGGGGCUCCAGGAUGCAAACGAUGAGCCAAGAGUCUCAGGCGCAGAUCCUGAAGUCCCAUUCGAACCUCUCGCCAGUCGUGGAUGCGGACCAGCAGAACCGGAGCAUGAGGUUGCUGGCCGACUAUCCAUGGCUCCUUUACCUCUUGAUCUUGAUCCCCACGCUGGCCCAGCUCGUGACCAUGUUAGUCCUGGCUACAACCGGGAUAACUCGCACAGCAACGUAUAGCUUGAACUUGGUCUGCAAUUCCCUCUACGCCUGCCUCGCUGUGGGUUCCGUUUUCCUUCUUGGGAAGGCGCUGCGAUCCUCGGACUUUCACCUGGCCACCAGCAGGCUUCACCUCUUCGUGGCAGACUUCAAGCUGCGGUGGAGCGAGGUGUCAGGCCAGGAAUGGCGAAAGUAUGCGCUCGCCUGGUGCGUCAUGGUGCUGUUCGCACUGGUGAGCCAGAUUCUUCAAGCAUGGAUCGUCGAGGCGGAUAGCAGCGUCGCGGAAGAUUCCACGAAGGUUGUCAAGCACGUCAUCGAAGGACUGUCUUUUGUGAGCUUUGCCACCUCCAGCGCCGUCGUAAUGUUGGCCGCUUAUCUCCAAUCUCACCUCCUCCUGGGCCUGGACAAGAGCUUAGACUGCUGGUGCUGCCAGGUCGUGAACUCCAUGGACUUUGCCCCUGCAGUCCAGAGCUGGAACGCCAUGCAGGCACUGCUCAAGUGCAUCUCGCGAGAGCUCGCGUCGAGCUUCCUUUCCCUGCAAAUCUUGUCCUCCCUGGGUUUUGUGUAUUUCCUAGCCACCAGCGUGACCUGGGUUUUUCGCGAGGACCCUCACAUCCUCCACACGGUGGUGGAGAGCCUUGCAUCCCUUCCGCUGGUCUGGCUUUUCCUUCUCGGCAUGCGCGUGUGUAUGCACGGAGCCGACCUGACCGAAAAAUGUCGGGCCAUACCAGCAUUUGUGAACCAGAUUCCAACGAAUCUGGAUGUAGACCUGGACCGACAGUACCUUGUCACCUUCAUCGCGGACAGCUCCGCCGGCUUCGCGGUAAAGGAUGUGAAGCUGACGCAGGAGCUGUUCAUGAAGCAGAUGUUUGUCUUUGCGGGACUGUUGUCCGGCUUGGUGAGUGUUUUCUCCAGGCUGCAUUUUUGA